UUUCCACUUUCUUCAACAUUUUUUUGGUCUUCCCAAUAUUCCUAACUCUUUACCUAUCUUCUAUGGCAUACUUAUUGUGAAGAUAGUGAUGGUGGUGGUGGUGACAUGGUUGGUGGAGAAGAAUAAAUGCUACCCUACACAAACUGGACCUACACUUUCAACCUACCCUUUUCAACUUCACAGUCACAUUACAUAGAUUUUUUUAUUUUUUUUACAUAGUUAAAAAAAGGUAUCAUUGGUUCAAAAAGUGUUUACUAUUUUCUGUUAUGCACGUGCUUCAACCUUCAAUUGUUAGCAAUCUCUGAAUUUAAUUUAUAUGUUUCAUCACAAUACCUGUCAUCACAAAUUUUAUUUAAUUGCCUCUGACUAUGUCACCUGUUUCCUUUCCAGCAAAUGUACAGCCAUCAUUUACUCUCUCUCUCUAUAUAACUUUCUCUCUCUAAAACAACUUAAAGCUUCCAUUUUUAUGCUACCCAUUUCAACCCCACAAAACCCAAAUGGAAAAAUCAUUUUUUUUUGAACAUUCUGAAAUCUUUGUUCUAGAUGCUUGAGGUGAGUAUUUGGGUUCAAAGAACUUCACUUUGUUAAAGCUGUCAUUUUUAUUUAUUUUUCUCUCUCCUUGCAUUUAAUGAGGAUGCUUCAUGUUGGUGACAAUAGUGAUGUUUUGUUUCUCAUUGGACCGACAUUUUGCAAAUCCUCAAACGUUGUAACUGAGGAAACAAUACAGUAAUGUAUCAAGGGUGAUCAAAAUCACAUUGUGUUGGGAUUGAUUGAGCAUGAGAAUACAGUGUCAUAUUCAUCUUUGUAAUGUUCUAUUGUGCUUCAUUCUAUGUUUGUUUUGGUCUAUUCUCACGGUUUCAACAGAAACUGAGAAGGAGAUUUUACUUCAGUUCAAGGGUAACAUCACAGAAGAUCCAUACAAUACCUUGAGUUCAUGGGUUUCUAGUGGAGACCCUUGUCAAGGUUAUAAAGGUGUUUUCUGUAACUUAGAAGGUUUUGUAGAAAGAAUCGUGCUUUGGAACACUAGCUUGGGAGGGGUGUUGUCUCCAGCACUCUCAGGAUUGAAGAGGUUGAGGAUAUUGACAUUGUUUGGGAAUCGAUUUUCGGGUAAUAUCCCGGAUGGAUAUGCUGAUCUUCAUUCAUUGUGGAAGAUCAAUGUUAGCUCCAAUGCGUUUUCUGGUUUGAUCCCGGAUUUCAUCGGCGAUUUGCCUAACAUUCGGUUUCUAGACUUAUCGAAGAAUGGCUUCAAUGGGGAGAUACCUUCGGCUUUGUUUAGGUACUGCUAUAAAACCAAGUUUGUUUCUCUUUCUCAUAACAAUCUUGUUGGUUCAAUUCCUUUAUCCUUGGUGAAUUGCUCCAACCUCGAAGGUUUUGAUUUUUCUUUCAAUAAUCUUAGUGGUGUUGUCCCUUCUAGACUCUGUGAUAUUCCCGUGUUAUCAUAUGUAUCUCUGAGAAGCAAUGCGUUAUCGGGUAGUGUGGAAGAUCGCGGUUCUUCAUGCCAUAGUUUAAUGCAUUUGGAUUUUGGUAGUAAUGGAUUUACUGAUUUGGCUCCAUUCAGCAUCCUUGGAAUGCAGAAUCUUACUUACUUCAAUAUAUCCUAUAAUCGGUUUGAAGGACAAAUUCCUGAUAUCGCUUCAUGUAGUGAGAGAUUAGAGAUCUUUGAUGCUUCGGGGAAUAAUUUGGAUGGGGUGAUUCCAUCCAGCAUAACUAGAUGCAAGAAGCUAAAACUCUUGUCAUUGGAGUUGAAUAAGCUGAAAGGGAGUAUCCCAAUUGAUAUUCCGGAAUUGCGGGGACUGUUGGUUAUGAAAUUGGGUAAUAACUCGAUAGAUGGAACGAUUCCCAAGGGGUUCGGCAACAUUGAGCUGCUUGAAUUGCUGGAUUUGAGCAACUUAAACCUCGUUGGCGAAAUUCCGGUUGAUAUCACAAAUUGCAAGUUUCUUCUUGAGUUGGACGUUUCUGGUAAUAACUUAGACGGCGAGAUUCCACAGGCCAUUUACAAAAUGACGAAUCUGGAAGCCCUUGACCUACAUUAUAACAAGCUUAAGGGAAGCAUCCCAUCGAGCCUAGGAAACAUAUCAAGGAUUGAAUAUCUAGAUCUAUCGCAUAAUUCACUUUCUGGUUCAAUCCCUACUUCCCUUGGAGAUUUAAACAACUUGACACAUUUUGAUCUCUCGUUCAACAAUCUCUCCGGUGUCAUUCCUAAUAUUGCAUCCAUACAGAAUUUUGGUGCACCUGCAUUUUCCAAUAAUCCUUUUCUAUGCGGCGCUCCGUUAGACACCCGUUGCUCAGCAAACGGAACUAGAUCACCGUCUUCAGCUUCCGGGAAAACUAAACUUCUCAGUGUCUCUGCAAUUAUUGCUAUUGUAGCUGCAGCUUUAAUUCUUACCGGGGUUUGUUUGGUGACCAUCAUGAAUAUUAGGGCCCGUCGUAGAAAAAAAGACGAUGACGAGGUUAUGAUUGUUGAGAGUACACCUCUAACAUCAUCGGAAUCAAGUAUUAUUAUUGGAAAGCUGGUUCUCUUCAGCAAAAGUUUACCAUCAAAAUACGAAGAUUGGGAGGCAGGCACCAAAGCAUUGCUUGACAAAGAGUCUUUGAUAGGCGGCGGAUCGAUUGGUACGGUCUACAAAACCGAUUUCGAAGGUGGCAUCUCAAUUGCAGUAAAGAAGCUCGAGACUUUAGGAAGAAUCGGAAAUCAAGAGGAGUUCGAACAAGAAAUUGGACGACUAGGAAACCUUCAGCACCAUAAUUUAGUUGCUUUUCAAGGUUAUUACUGGUCCUCUUCAAUGCAGUUGAUUUUGUCAGAAUUUGUUUCAAACGGGAAUCUAUAUGAUAAUCUACACGGUCUUGGCUAUCCUGGAACCAGCACAAGUAGAGGCAAUAGGGAGUUAGAUUGGCCGAGAAGGUUCCAAAUUGCACUUGGAACUGCAAGAGCUCUUGCUUAUCUCCACCACGACUGUCGUCCUCCAAUCCUUCACCUCAACCUUAAAUCCUCAAACAUACUCUUAGAUGACAAGUAUGAAGCCAAGUUAUCUGAUUAUGGAUUAGGUAAGUUGCUACCGAUUUUGGAUAACUACGUUUUGACCAAGUUCCACAAUGCUGUUGGGUAUGUUGCACCAGAGUUGGCUCAAAGCUUUAGGCAGAGUGAGAAGUGUGAUGUUUACAGUUUUGGCGUCAUUCUUUUGGAGCUCGUUUCAGGGAGGAAGCCGGUAGAAAGUCCAACCACAAAUGAGGUUGUGGUUUUGUGUGAAUACGUGAGAGGUUUGUUGGAGACUGGCUCGGUUUCAAAUUGUUUUGACAGGAAUUUACUGGGAUUUGCUGAGAAUGAAUUGAUUCAGGUUAUGCGAUUGGGGCUUAUUUGUACUUCAGAGGAUCCUUUAAGGAGACCAAGCAUGGCUGAAGUUGUUCAGGUCCUUGAGUCCAUCAGAAAUGGAUUGGAAUCUCAUUAACCAGUAAGAGCUUUCCCAUGCAACUCAAUUAGAGUAAUCACUUGGUUAUUAAAUUGUUUCGGGAAGGUUAGUAUCAUAUGGAGUAUUCGUAGAAGGUAAUUCGGGUCGAGGAUGAAAAUUCUUUAGUAUUCAUUUUUGUAUUACCAUUUUUUUAAUAUAAAAUUUGUAACAAUUGCAAUAAAAGGCACUUGUUCUUUACA